AUGUCUCUCUCACCUCGAGCCAUCUAUGACUGCGGUCCACGGCUCCUGAGAGACAUUUGGGCGCUGACUGGUCUCGCCAUUAUCACGGUCGCGUUGAGGGUGACUGCAAAAAUAAGGAUCAGGAAACUUGCCUGGGAUGACAUUCUCAUGGCUUCGGCAUUGUGUCUUACUAUAGUCGGAUCAGCUCUGAUUACCGUGUGCGUUAAACACGGUUUCGGUCGCCAUGUUUGGGACCUCGACACAAAAACGGUCGUUCCCAAAGUGAUUAUGUUCGACUAUUUGACACAGACAUUCGGCAUUGCUGGCGGUACUUUGGGUCGCAUUUCCUUCAUUGUCUUCGUCAUUGAGCUACUGGGCACUAGAAGAUCACACAGAGUGAUACUGUGGAUCAUAGUUGGGUUACAAAUCUUGACUAACGUGGUGUUGAUCAUCAUUCUGUUUGUUCAAUGUCCAGGACAUGGUUCCGCUAUCUGGACGCAGAAUGGGAAAGAUAAAUGCUGGGAUGUCCGCGUCCAAGCCUACUACGGGUACUAUCAGGGCUCGUUUAACUCGACGACAGACCUUUAUCUGGCGGUCUUUUCAACAUACAUAUUCUGGAAUUUGAAUUUGAAGUUAAGGGUCAAGUUGGGCUUGGUCACACUCCUCGGAUUGGGCAUUUUUGCAAUGGCAGCCUCCGUUAUGAAAACAGUCCAAACCCAAGUCCUCGCAUAUGCACACGAUGAUCCAACUGUCGCAACCGUCAACUACGAUCGUUGGCUAUACAUCGAAGCAUAUGUAGUUAUCAUAACGGCAUCGAUACCUUGCAUCAGAUCUUUAUUACCAUCUGUUCGAGGAGGGACACCUGGAACUGGACGGAGCGCAUACGAGUUGAGUUCGCCAUAUGCUGGAAGCUCUAUGCCCACAGCUAGAUCCCGGAGGUUGACACAAAAGUCGAUGAUACGUAUUUCUGAUAAUUCUAGUGCGGAUGAUAUCUUGGAGAGGAAUAAUAAUGAGAUUGAUGGAGUGGAGCACAGGAGAUGA